AUGGCGGCGGCGGGCCGGUGGCGGACCGGGCUGGCCCUGCUGGCCGUGGCGCUGGGGCUCGGCGGGACGGGAGCCGAGCAGACCGAGGAGCACCUCAAACGCGAGCACUCGCUGUCCAAACCGUACCAGGGUGUGGGCUCGGUCAGCUCGGGGCUCUGGGACCUGCUCGGUAACGCCAUGGUCAUGACGCAGUUCAUCCGCCUCACUCCCGACGUGCAGAGCAAGCACGGAGCCGUGUGGAACCGAGUGCCCUGUUACCUGCGGGAUUGGGAGAUGCAGGUGCACUUCAAGAUCCACGGGCAAGGCAAGAAGAACCUGAACGGGGACGGUUUCGCCAUCUGGUACACCAAGGACAGGAUGCAGCCGGGACCCGUUUUCGGGAGCAAGGACAACUUCCUGGGGCUGGGAGUGUUCGUGGACACCUAUCCCAACGAGGAGAAGCAGCAGGAGCGCGUGUUCCCCUACAUCUCGGCCAUGGUCAACAACGGCUCGCUGACCUACGACCACGACCGCGACGGGCGGCCCACGGAGCUGGGCGGCUGCACGGCCAUGGUGCGCAACCUCAACCACGACACCUUCCUGGUCAUCCGCUACGUCAAGAGGAGGCUGACGGUCAGUUCCGUGAGGUAUCCCGGGAUUUGGGAGCCGGGGGGCGGGUAUCCCAGGAUUUGGUGACCGUUCCUUGGAUUUGGUGACCUUUCCCUAGAUUUGGUGAUCAUUUCCGGGAUUUGGUGACCAUUCCUUGGAUUUGGUGACCAUUCCCUGGGUUUGGUGACCAUUCCCUGGGUUUGAUGACCAUUCCCUGGAUUUGGGAGAUGUAGGUGACCGUUCCUUGGAUUUGGUGACCGUUCCUUGGAUUUGGAGAC